AUGGAUAGACCCCCAUCGCAAUUUCUCGAAGAGCUGCUCAGGACAAAGCUAGCUGAAAUCGAGGACAUUAAAGACCAAAUCGAAGCCGAAGCAUCCAACCGUAGCGACGCCGACACGGAGCAGAUCAAGCGGAAAUAUGUCAGAUUAAUGUCUCUUCCCGACUCCAGCUCUGAAAGGGACGUGGAAUUUAAGCCACUGCACCCCAACUGCCUCCUAGCCCAGCUUUCCCACACGCUCAAUGGCAUGCGCAGCACAAUGGACUACUACGAACUCAUGGCCCACCUGGUCAACCAGAUGGCGGAGCAUAAAAUCGACAACAUACCUUUCCACAAAAUCACCGAGGAUGAGGUCAAUGCGCUGGCGGCUUUGGCAGAAGACCGGAAUGUCAAAGCGAAGUACGUGCCCAAGAGGAAGCUGAAGGCUUCGCAGAUGGUGGAUGAAGGGUUGAUGGUGAGCCUGAGAGAUAAGGUUGUGCAGGCUGAAGAGGAGGAAAAGAAGAAGAAGGAAAAGAAGAAGAAGGAAAAGAAGAAGAAGGAAAAGAGGAAGAAGGAAAAGGAGAUCGAGGAGAGCGAGAGUGGAGAAGAGGGUAAUCCGAAGAAACGUCGACGUGCGUCUUCUUAA